CCGUUAUUUCUCCAUGAUGACGUAGACUUGGAUAAUUUUCUGAGCUAGUUAUGCUAGCCUAGCUAGCGAGUUAGCUGUGAAAGUUAGAGCAAUGGGCAACUAUAUUAUUUCACUGGUCUUUUUGUGCUUUUCAAUUUUAUUAUCAUGCAUGUGUAGAUUUUCUCUGGGUUCGGAAGUAAAUUUUGUCACAUGUGGCUCGGUCAUAAAGUUGCUCAACGUCAAACACAACGUAAGACUACAUUCUCACGAUGUUCGUUACGGUUCUGGUAGUGGCCAGCAAUCAGUGACAGGAGUCACUACAGUAGAAGACAGUAACAGUUACUGGAGUGUUCGUGGCACCACUGGGGCAGUGUGUCAUCGUGGGACCCCUAUAAAAUGUGGCCAAAAUAUAAGGCUCACGCAUGUUAACACGGGCCGAAAUCUUCACAGCCACUAUUUUGCAUCUCCACUGUCUUCUAAUCAGGAGGUCAGUGCCUUUGGAGAAGAUGGUGAGGGCGACCAUCUUGAUGAAUGGACUGUACUUUGUGGAGGGUCUUUAUGGCAGCGUGAUGAUUCUGUGAGGUUUCGACACACUGCCACAGACACUCUGCUGUCAGUAACAGGUGAAGAGUAUGGCCGGCCCAUUCAUGGCCAGCGAGAAGUGCAUGCCAUGACCAGCACCAGCCAGCACAGCUACUGGAAAGCUAUGGAGGGUAUUUUCAUGAAACCCACUGACACUGGGUCAAGGGACUUCAGCACCCCACCACAUACUGAGUUCUGAAUGGUUUCUCUACAACUAGUAGUCCAUCUAACACAAUAGUGUUUUUUCAAUUGUUAAUGUUCUAUUUCCAUUUCCAAGAAGGUGGAAAUUCUAAUGUUACACAAAUCAUACUUAUUAGAACAUACCUCAUACCCAGUUUUAACACUUGAAAUACACACAUUUAUAUUAUUUGCACAAUAAUACGUAGGGCACACAGACGCCCAAGAUAAAUUUUAUAUAACUGUUUCACCAGACAACAAAAUCUAGGUAAAACUUUUCUAUCACAUGAUUCUUGAUUCUUCCAUGAUAUCAUAAGAACUUGAAGUUUUGAAGGUGUAUCCACAGCAGUGUUAGUAUAGUAGGCAAAACCUCUGAAAAUGUCAUACAGAUAUUAACAUAUUUACCAAAGAUAUUCUUACUGAAAAGCAUUAGUACAUCUUUACUUUUCAAGUUGUAUUUUAUCAUAAUGCAGUCUGUCUUUUACAGUUUGAUGUUUGGUAAUGAAAAUUGCCUUCAAGCUCUUACCUCAUGACAGAAACUUUACAGACUAACUGGCUUAUGUUAACAGUGAGGUAUUAUUUAAUGUGAAAGCUGUGUAGGUAAUGAUAUUUAUGGAUUUGAUUGUUGGAUAAGGGCAAUUUGUCCAGUACAAGCUUCAAGUAAUGUAACUUUAUCUCAUCAGAAUUGCUAUCUGUUUUUCGGUCUUUAGCCGUCACCCAAUGUAAAGAAAAGGGAUGUGGGGUUUCGGACAUUUAUUUUUUCAGCAAAACUUUGUGCGGUGGAACCAGGGAUUGGGUCAAGUCUGUCAAACCAAUAAAUCUUAAAUGCACCCAACA